UGGAGCCUCGCCGCGCCCCUCCCGCGCCCGCCUCCCGCUCCAGUGCCCGGAACCGGCGGCGGAGCCGCGACCGCAGGCAGUGGAACGGCGACGGCACCCCGGAGCCGCCGGCAUGAGCGCCCCCCGCCGCCCCGCGUCCCGGGCCCGGCCUUUCUGACAAGAGCUAGACUUCGGGCUCCUUGAGGAUAUUCCAUUUUGUACUUUGGAAUAUCCCCUCACGGUAUCCAGCAUGCAGUAACAUUCUUAAUGAUUAGCCUCAGCAGGAUAGGUGGGAGAGCAUUGCUGUCGAAUUCCAGUCAUGGUGCAGAAAUACCAGUCACCGGUGAGGGUGUACAAGCACCCCUUUGAGUUAAUUAUGGCUGCCUACGAAAGGAGGUUUCCUACGUGCCCCUUGAUUCCGAUGUUUGUGGACAGCGACACCGUGAACGAGUUCAAGAGUGAAGACGGGGCCAUUCACAUUACAGAAAGGCGCUGUAAGCUGGACAUAGAUGCACCAAGGCUGCUGAAGAAGAUCGCAGGAGUCGAUUACGUAUAUUUUGUCCAGAAAAACUCCCUGAAUUCUCGGGAGCGCACCUUGCACAUCGAAGCCCAUAACGAAACGUUCUCUAACCGGGUCAUCAUCCGCGAACACUGCUGCUACUCUGUUCACCCUGAAAAUGAAGAUUGGACCUGUUUUGAACAGUCUGCAAGUUUAGAUAUUAAAUCUUUCUUUGGUUUUGAAAGUACGGUGGAAAAAAUUGCGAUGAAACAGUAUACCAGCAACAUUAAGAAAGGGAAAGAAAUCAUUGAGUACUAUCUUCGUCAGUUGGAAGAAGAAGGCAUAACGUUCGUGCCCCGCUGGACUCCGCCUUCCACUGCUCCCUCUUCAGAGAUGCCGUCCGCCUGUAGGAAGCAGGCCGUGUCCCCGGCCACCGCUGUCCCGGAUGCCGCCCAGGCGGAGGGGCUGGGCGGCGAGGCCCUCAGCGGCCCCAGCGCGCCGCCCGAGCCGGCCGCGGGGACCCCCGACGACAAGCUGGAUGCCGACUACAUCAAGAGGUACCUGGGGGACCUGACGCCGCUGCAGGAGAGCUGCCUGAUCCGCCUCCGCCAGUGGCUCCAGGAGACCCACAAGGGCAAGAUCCCGAAAGAUGAGCACAUCCUUCGGUUCUUACGUGCCCGGGACUUCAACAUCGACAAAGCCAGGGAGAUCAUGUGCCAGUCGUUGACCUGGCGGAAGCAGCACCAGGUGGACUACAUCCUGGAUACCUGGACCCCCCCCCAGGUCCUGCACGACUACUACGCGGGGGGCUGGCACCAUCACGACAGAGACGGGCGGCCGCUCUACGUGCUCAGGCUGGGACAGAUGGACACCAAGGGUCUGGUGCGGGCCCUCGGGGAGGAGGCCCUGCUGCGAUACGUUCUCUCCAUAAACGAAGAGGGGCUGAGACGGUGUGAAGAAAACACAAAAGUCUUUGGUCGACCCAUCAGUUCGUGGACCUGCCUGGUGGACCUGGAGGGCCUGAACAUGCGGCACCUGUGGCGGCCCGGCGUCAAGGCCCUGCUGCGCAUCAUAGAGGUGGUGGAGGCCAACUACCCCGAGACGCUCGGCCGCCUCCUCAUUCUCCGCGCCCCCAGGGUGUUUCCCGUCCUCUGGACUCUGGUGAGCCCAUUCAUCGACGACAACACGAGAAGGAAAUUCCUGAUUUACGCAGGAAACGACUAUCAGGGUCCUGGCGGCCUGCUGGAUUACAUUGAUAAAGAGAUUAUUCCAGAUUUUCUGAGCGGGGAGUGCAUGUGUGAAGUGCCCGAGGGCGGACUGGUGCCCAAGUCUCUGUACAGGACGGCGGAGGAGCUGGAAAACGAGGACCUCAAGCUGUGCACCGAGACCAUCUACCAGUCUGCCAGCGUCUUCAAGGGAGCCCCGCACGAGAUCCUCAUUCAGAUCGUGGAUGCCUCUUCGGUGAUCACUUGGGAUUUUGACGUGUGCAAAGGGGACAUCGUCUUCAACAUCUACCACUCCAAGAGGUCGCCCCAGCCUCCCAAGAAGGAGUCCCUGGGGGCGCACAGCAUCACUUCCCCCGGCGGCAACAACGUGCAGCUAAUAGACCGGCUGUGGCAGCUGGGCCGGGACUACAGCAUGGUGGAGUCACCCCUGAUCUGCAGGGAAGGGGAGAGCGUGCAGGGCUCGCACGUGACUCGGUGGCCAGGCUUCUACAUCCUGCAGUGGAAGUUCCACAGCAUGCCAGCGUGCGCCGCCACCAACCUGCCCCGCGUGGACGACGUGCUGGCCUCCCUGCAGGUGUCGUCCCACAAGUGCAAAGUGAUGUACUACACCGAGGUGAUCGGGUCUGAGGACUUCCGAGGCUCCAUGACCAGCCUGGAGUCCAGCCACAGCGGGUUCUCGCAGCUGAGCGCCGCCACCACCUCCUCCAGCCAGUCCCACUGCGGCUCCGUGGUCUCCAGGUAGUGCCCGGUGCUCCCCGGAUGGCCCGCCGGUCUCCGCCAGCUGCCGGCCCCCCACCUGUGCUGCGUGGACCCCUCGGCCUUUCGGGAGCGGGGAGCUGUCCGGGCAGUCCGCGAAGUCCUCGGUCCCAGACUCUCUCAGCAGGUAGUUUUAACUCUGACUCAAUAGCCAUAGAUUUUGUAUACGGUGUGCACAAAAUCAAACCAGAGCACAAGGGCUCCCUUGAAAGAGAAGUCGUUUGUAUACAAUUAAGAGGUUGACUUUGUCUCCGAAGUUGAUGCAAAAAAUGUUUCCAGCAACCUCGUCCACACGCUGCCCGUCAGCGGAUGAGACCCCGCCCCGCCCUUCAGAGGCGCCGCCACCCCACCCGGCGCAGGAGCUGCCGCCGACUCGGCCAUUGCCACGUGCAGGGGCUCUCGGGGACUCCCCGACGCCAGGAAGCCGCCGCCAUCAUUAAACACUUUCUCUUUCCUCCUUUU